CCGCGAGAUGGGCGCGCAUGUCCUGCGCCAGCUCGCUCGCCAUCGCGCCUCCUUCACAUCUUCCGAGGGGAGCAUAGGCACCUCGUCGCGGCCCGUUCCGCCGCCUCUGUUCGUCGGCGUGCAAGGACCGCAGGGAAGCGGGAAGACUUUUCUUACUUCUAGCCUUGCUUCCGCGCUUUCACGAGAGCCUCACUCCCUGCGCACGGCCGUGCUCUCGAUUGACGACCUCUACCUGCCCUUCUCUGGCCUGCAAGCGGUGUCGGCAGAGAACCCGGGGAACCUGCUUCUGCAGGGACGCGGGCAGCCAGGGACGCAUGACGUGCCCCUUGGCAGUAAAGUGCUGGCUGCGCUGAAAAGCAUCAACGAGCUGGGAGCAGAGGAGGUCGAGCUGCCGGUAUUCGACAAGUCGCUGCACGGCGGCAAGGGCGAUCGGCUCCCCGAGGGCUCGCACGUGCAUGGGCCGCUCGAUAUUGUUCUUCUCGAAGGGUGGUGCGUCGGCUUUGCGCCCUUGCCCGGCAAGGGGUCUGGCGCGAAGUCUGAGGAUGUGAGGGGAACCACGAUCGGCAAGAGGUGGCGGGAGCCGGUGCCGAGCCUUGGGCAUGGGGAUGAGCUGCAUAUGGAUAUGGAGGCGUUCGUCAAGGAGGAGAGGUACGUGUGGGAGGUGAAUGAGCGGUUGAAGGAGUAUGUGGAGUGGUGGAAGAUGCUGGAUGCGUUCGUCCAGAUCAGGGGUCCGGAAGACCAGAGGUAUCGCAUUAUAUAUAAAUGGCGAAUGCAGCAAGAGCACUACAUGAUGGUCCGGAACGGGGGAAAGGGCAUGAAAGACGACGAGAUCAAAAACUUCGUGGACCGUUAUAUACCCGGAUACGUCUUCUUUGGCGAUGGUGUUACCGAAGGUUGGGAAGUCGAUGGUGUAUAUCAGGAACCACCUUGGAAAGGGCGUGGCCUUGCUAUCUCUCUCGGAGAGAAUAGAGAAAUGCUCCGAACCGAUUACUUUUAGAAUCUAUUGCCCGUGGUGUUCUCCGCUUUGCACUAGUAGCCUCCCUGGCUAGAGGAGCGAUGAUACCAGGCCGUCCAAUCCCGAUCAAUGAUUCCAAC